AUGGAAGCUUGCAAGCCUGUUGCUAGGUACUUGUUGAUGAGGGCUCCCCCAGCAACUGCCAAUUCCUCCAAGAAGAUGAAGUUCCAGGGGGAGCCCAAAAAGCCUCCCAUGAACGGUUACCAGAAAUUCUCCCAGGAGCUGCUGUCCAAUGGGGAGUUGAACCACCUGCGCCUGAAAGAGAGGAUGGUGGAGAUUGGCAGUCGGUGGCAGCGGAUUUCCCAGGGCCAGAAGGAGCAUUACAAGAAACUGGCAGAAGAGCAACAGAAGCAAUACAAGGUGCACUUGGACCUUUGGCUCAAGAGUCUGUCCCCCCAGGACCGUGCAGCUUACAAAGAAUACAUCUCCAAUAAACGCAAGAGCAUGACCAAGCUUCGAGGCCCAAACCCUAAAUCUAAGCCCACCAUGCAGUCCAAGUCGGAGUCAGAGGAAGAUGACGAUGAUGAUGAGGAAGAGGAAGAAGAUGAAGAAGAUGAUGAUGAUGAUGAAAAUGGGGAUUCCUCAGAUGAGGGGGGCGAUUCUUCUGAGUCGAGCAGUGAGGAUGAGAGCGAGGAUGGGGAUGAGAAUGAUGAUGACGAAGAGGAUGAUGACGAGGAUGAGGAUGAGGACGAAGACGAAGACAAUGAGUCGGAGGGGAGCAGCUCCAGCUCGUCCUCCUCAGGAGACUCCUCUGACUCAGACUCCAACUGAGCCCCGGGAGGAGGCCAGGCCUGCCUCUGUACCCCCAGGGGCCUAGGAAAGCCUUUGGGGGGCUGGGGAGGGGUUGAAGGGAGAGUCCCCUCUGUGACUCCUAUUUUUUUUUUCACCCCUCUAGUUCUGCUCCCGCCCACCCUCAUUUUUUUUAAAAAGCAAAAUGCAUGGGGGGGAAUGAGGGUGGGAGGGAGCCCAGGCUAGGACUCUGCAACCUUAGAGAUAUUAGCCCUGGG